AUGGUAAGAGUAUGUGUGGUCGGCUGUCUGCACGGCGAACUGGACAAAGUAUACGAGGACAUCGCCAAUGUGGAUCGAGAGCAGUCGACCAGGACGGAGCUGGUGCUCUGCUGCGGCGAUUUCCAGUCCCUACGAAAUCCAGCUGAUCUACAUUCCAUGAGUGUGCCGCCCAAAUUCUACCGAAUGGGGGACUUUUAUAGGUGUGUCAAACAUCUUCCUUUCUUGCUUCAAAAAGGCUGCGACUACAAAGUUUGUGUCUGCGUUGAGUCCACUGCACCAGGACUGACGUGUAUAGUAGGUGUUUGGGAGACUGUCGUUGACGUUCAUGACUAUUGGUGUUCCUGAAGAGUGAGCGAUAUCCCGCUUCUUUACAUAGUUGGUAGUACUAGUGAAAACCUACCCAGGGCACUGCCUCUGGAUGGCGGUCCGACCGAACUGUGCUUGCUAAAGGUACGGGUUCUCAUUUCACGGAGUUUGUCUGCACUCAAACGAUUUUGGACCACGGAUAAAUCACUACCGGUCCCUAAUGUUAUGCACUCUGCUACAUCAGAGAAAGUUCAGUCUUGGAGGACCCAUUUGAACUGUAACUUUGCCUGAUGACUAGCAUGAACAUUGCACAGGAAGUCUAACAGUCUCGCUUGCAAUGAUUGCAACCGGCAAAAAACGACUACUUAGGUGAUAGACAUUUUUUAUACUGAUUUUCGAUCCUCUUAUAAAUUCAAAUACAUUUUAUAGGAAACGUGAAUAAAAAUAUUCUUUCUUAUGCUCAUUUGGUGUCAAAUCACACCUUCUUCCGAAUUGUAUGCUCGAAGAAAGGGUAUUUUUCGAUUUUAAAAGUUUUUGAUAAUGAGAUUUUUUUAAGCCUGUAGAAUGUCCGUCCAAAUAGCAUUGUAUGUAUAUAUUCAGUAAUGCUCCUUAUGAGGUAUACAACAUAGUCCACAUCCGUUGCGAAAGUUUAUGAACCAGAUAUGGCACCUACUCAAUGGAAUAGAAGAAUUAAUGUUUUUCUUUAUGCGGAGAGUAUACAGCUAGUAAACUAGUCCAACGGCAGAUCACGCUCAGAGUUAUUCUGGAAUUAAAAAACUUUCAAAACCGAAAGGCGCCCUUUCUUCGAAUAUAACCUUUGGAAGAAGCGGUGAUUUGCUACCAAAUGAGCACAACAAAGAGUAUUUUUGUGCACGUUUCCAACAAAAUAUAUUUAAAUUUAUAGGGGCAUCGAAAAUCAAUAAAAAAGAUCCCUAUUAACUAAGUAGUCGUUUUUUUACUGAUUGAAGUCAUCACAGGCGGCCAAAAAGAAGUGCAUUCAAAAAUCAGCGUCCUGGCGUGCCUGAAAUAUCACGGCAUUAUGUUGGAAAAUAGUCAGUAUCACAACUCCACCUAAAUAAUCCUUCCUAGUUGAGUACGCAUUUUACAAUUUCGGCCAAAAUUUCAUGAGAUCGGUCUCUGACUGUAACAUAAUUGAUUGCCAGACGAGCUCCGGUUUGAGGGACAUUUUCCGGUCGCCACGUUUUCAACUUGUGACAAUCGCACGUUUGACUCUGCGUCGUUUUUACGCUCACGAAUUUUGACUCUACCUAUGCACGUAUGCGUACAUAUAUUUAGAUAUUAUUCCGAAGAAGUGACCGCUCCCGUGCCGACAGUCUUCGUCGGCGGCAAUCAUGAGGCUUCCUGCUAUCUCCAAGAGCUGCCCUAUGGUGGUUGGGUGGCACCAAACAUCUGGUACAUGGGUAAGUCAACAGAAUGCGCGCUCGGGGAAGCCUAUGAGUCUACAUUUCCCUGCUUCCUGACAGUUAUUCCAACAGAGGAAUCGAGCUCACUCCCACACAUACCUUCCUCUUCUUUUAUUUCAGGCUAUGCGGGAGUCGUUCAAUUUGCCGGCUUACGCAUCGCCGGCCUCUCAGGUAUCUACAAACAACAUGACUAUCCAAUGGGACACUUCGAGCGAUCGCCUUACUCAGAGGCGACCAAACGGUCAGUGUACCACCUUCGUUCAAUAGAAGUUUUUCGACUUGGCCAGCUGGCGCGCCGUGUGGACAUUGUGCUGAGCCACGAUUGGCCGCGCGGCAUCUACAAUUACGGCGAGACGAAAGAAUUGUUGCAAAGGAAGCGACACUUCAGAGAGGAGGUCGACGCAAAUACUCUGGGCAGUCCGCCUGGGGAGCAGUUACUUUGUCGUCUACGUCCACGCUACUGGUUCUCGGCCCAUUUGCACUGCAAGUUUGCCGCCGUUGUCGCGCACUCGGUAGGCGCUUGAAUAUUGCCUCAUAACCCUUCCCCCCGAGUAAUAUUGGCUAUCACAAAAGACGGAAGGCGUCGUCUCAGUAUGCGGCGACGAAUUGUUGACCAGCGCUUCGAUCGUGUUACGGAACUCACUCGUCCCGUUGUGCCUUGGGGCACUCUCUUCGAGCCCAGCCAGCAGCGGCGCGUAAUAUAGGUCGAGUAGCAUUAUCGAAAAUGACAAGGGGGACUGGAAUGGUCAUCUCUGGCUUAUUAGCUGUCAUCAGCUAGGCAUAUCCAACCCGAGGUGUGGAACAUCUGGAGCUCGACCCUGUCGCCUGUUGGUUAGAAGUCCAACGCACCUAGUCACUGAGUCGCGAACUCGUUGUCCCGUCGGUCGUGAUCGGGUAUAUACAAUGGCAGAAGGGUGCUCACCAAUCGCUCUACCGAACCCGUGCCGUUGUGCCUUGGAGCUCUCUCUCGAGAGCUUAUAUCACGCGCCGCUGUGUGGCUGCUGGCCAAAUUACUACAUAACCUCGCUUGGUUAUCUACAGGGAGAUGCAAUUUGCUACAGAAGUUAUACAAUAAAAUAAUCUGUUUCUCCGCUCGCUCGAAAAAUAUCCAACAUCCUACAAACAUCGCAAGCCUGUAAGAUAAAGACGUUAUCUUUUUUAGGGUAGCCGGCGUAACCUUUAUUUGGAAGUAAUACCGCUACCGUCUGUGCAGUAACAUAUGUUAUUCACAUCUCAUUCCUGGGCUUUGUUCAACCUGUUAUUGAUAUUGCGGAUUCUCUCGCAGCAAUUAGUCGGAACCGAAUUCUAACGUCUACUUCACUAAUUUCGGUUCUACGUCAGAGUAUAUAGCACGUCUUGCUUGAGUAAGAUUUAUCCGGCCAGCCCACAGAGCGGGGGCCUAGAGGUGUUCAUCCAACGAUUGGCCUACCUUUCAGGCACUAAUGGGCCAGGGCACGCGCUUCUCACAUGCCCCAUAUUGAAAUUCCUUAUCCCAUGUCCUGCCUUAUCUCCACACCUCGUUUGCCACAAAGCCUUUGCACUACCUUCUCCUCCUGCCUAAGGAUCCGCAGCGCGAAGUCACCAGAUUUCUGGCCCUGGACAAGUGCCUACCCUCUCGGGAUUACCUUCAGUUCCUGGACAUUGAUCCGGACCCAGACUUUGCCACUUACUCUGCCGACGGUCUCGUCUGCGGUCCCCAUGAGGAGGCACCGCUAAUCGUCAGCCUACCGUCAUCCACCUCCGAGGAUUCUACUGAUCCCCCUGAGCCACCCUCCCUUUGCCUUGACCCCGAGUGGCUGUGCGUCCUCAGGGCCACCAACGAUCUCAUGUCUCUUUCUCAGAUCCCCUCUAUCCUACCGGGUCAGGAUGGCAAACCAGCGUAUGUUUCGCCUACUACACAUCAUCCGUUCUUUACUUUCUGACAGGAAGUUGCCUCCUUAAAAUUGUCUACCAAGCGUGUACUGUCUAAUAGGCCAUGUCUGGUGAUUAUUAUUACUCCAUUCUUUCCCUCCUUUCGUGGAAGCGUAAGUUAGUUUUAACGCGACUUUAUCCACAGCAUCACCCCCAAUACCUAUCUUCACACAUUGGAGAAAUUGUUCUUGAUGCUGCCACUGUGUGCCGCUAGAGCUUAGUCAGUUAACCCUUGCGUAGGCCUGCCAUUUAACCUCCCUACAUUCCUUCGAGGGCAGUUUCGCUUGUUUACGGAGGUGGACAGUUGCCAUUGUCCUUUUAAGUGGUUAGCACCCCACUGCCCCGGUUGAUGUUUUCCAACUUGUGCGCCAGUGAUAUCCAGUUGGCGUGCACAGCGGCCGUCCCUGAUCAGUGCUAGUCCGUGAAUCGAAACCUUUGUUCGGUGGCAUGUGGGCUCUUAACCUGCUUGUUAGCCGUUCCUUCCGUUCUAAUGUGGGCAUUUAUGUGUCCGAUGUAAGUAUCCUCUUAGAUUGAAAUUAUGGCCAUUUGGGUGGCAGUCCUUUUGAUCCCUCCUGGUUGGGGCAUAGAAUACGGACGUUCCGUUUUGCCUGUGCGGGAUCUAGACCGGCAAAACGAAACCUCUGUAUUUUGUUUUGCAGUCAAGAUAGAUUAUGAGCGCCGCUCCGAUGUGACGUUGGGUAUUUUAGAUGGCGGCCGACGGGGGUGAGACCAUGGGUAGAUAGUAGAGCAUUCAUGACAGUGGUCAAAAAAGCGGACGCCGGCACGGGUCUAUCCCCGCCUGACCAGAAUUAGUCAUUUUAGCCACCCUUUUGGAAAUUUUUCUUUGCCUUAAUUUAUUCGAGCCUUGUCUCGAAGGUCGUCCUUUUCUAUUCACUCCUUUGCCCUUUUUUGUUAGGCGGUCAUAUGUGGCGAGUACUGAAGACCUGCAGCAACUUUGGGAACCGUUUGCCGGCACCUUCUCUAUUCCGGAAAACUUUGAGCGCACUGCUCCCGCCUACAAACCCACAGACGUGAACCUCCUAACUACCAGUGCAAACAAAAUGAAUAACCGAAACCGCCAGAGUGGCGGCGGCCCUAAUUUAGCACAGCUGGCUGAGGAGGGCGCCCGCAAACAGCAGCUCUUCUCCAAUCCGCAAACUGAGCUCCUCUGCGCGAUGUUGGAACUCGUCAACCCAAACGCCCUUCUUUUAGGCCGUGAUUCCUACAACCUGGCAGACCUCGCGAACCGCAUGCAUCCUGGCGAUGAAGAGGAGGAGGAAGAGGGUGACGACGCCUGCGAAGAAGAUUUGGUACGACCACCUGCAAAGUCUCCACCACCUACAGCUGCUGCAGGAGAUGAGGAUGAGGGCGCACGUAGUGAAACUGCCGAAAACUCCGGAGAGGAUCAGGAAGGCUCAGAGGUCGAUGCACCAACCUUCGUCACCUCACCCGACACAUCGCUCUUUUUUUCCGCAGUGGGUGAGGAGACGACGGAGGAAUACGAUCCUACUGAUCCCAGUCCCAGAAAACGCUCUCGACCUAGCGAUUCAUUUGACGUUCACGCGGAGUACGAGAACCCGGAGGAGAUCGAUCUGAACGAUCUGGUGGAGAGCGAGGAAGGGGAGGAGGAUGAAGCGGAGGAUGACCAGAGGAGUGUAGACGCUGGGGAUGCUGAUCAUGUUGCUGACCUCCGGCACGAAAUCACCGGCGUUAACGCCUCCGGAACUGGCAAAAAUGAUGUCGUUGAGGUGACUUAUCACCCCAGACCACUUUUGCAAUCUACCGAGGCAGUUAUUACCGUCGAUACUCCCGGUCCGGAGUCGGAGAAUGCCUACCAACCCUAA